AUGGUGCUCAUGUCGCUGGUGAGCCGGGCAGCUGUGGCCAUGCACAACUCCAGCGCCUCGGCGCCGGCACCGGCGCCGGGCAUGUGCAGCACCACGGACAUGGCGCUGAUGUGGAACCGCUCCAUGUCCGACACCCAACAGAGCACCACCGAGCGGCUCAUGGUCACCACCACGGCCCUCAUGACCUUCCUCGGCAUCGCGCUCUUCCUCCUCGGCGUCUUGGGCCGCUUCACCGGCCGCCACCGCGGCCACUCCCCCGUCACGUGCAUCUUCUUCCGGGCCACCUUCUCGCUCUUCCUCCCCUUCAUGUCCUACGCCUUCUCCCAGGCCAAGACCGAGGCCAAGACCGACCCCUGCAACAACUACCGCGCGCAGCUCAUCCUCCUCUGGAUGCUCCUCGUCGAGCUCCUCCGCAGCAAGGUCUCCGCCAUGGUGGCCCCUGCCGCCGGCGCCUUCUCGCGCGGUGUCGGCCGCUACAGCUCCUUCGACGCCGUUGAGGAGGCCGCGCGCUUGGUGUGGAUCGGGUACCUCAUCUUCACCUACGUCCAUAGCCCCGGCAUCAAAUCCUUCUUUAUCAUCCUCUGGAUCUUCGGCGUGGCCAAGAUGUGCAAGCGUGCUAUCUGCAUCCGCUGCGCCCAGGGCUCCUUUGACCUCGCCAGGAAUGCCGCCCUCGUCUCCGGCUACAUGGCGCAGCUCGUCCACGAACAACGGCAGCUGUCACAUGAUGACGUCGCCGCCGCCGCCGCGCUCGGCGCCAACGUCAUGAGGACUUGCAACUACGUGGUCAUGGGAGAGGCCCGGCUCAAGAGAGAGGUGACGCCCCAUGGCUUCGAGAUCUGCGACCAAGGAGUGAAGAGCAUUCUCACUGGCGAUGGUGAUCCGAAUGGCGAGCAGCGCAAGAAGUCCAAGCUAGUCCGAGUGUGCAACAUCUGGGACCUCUCUGAGAGUGACCCCAUCUUCCGGUACAACGAGAGCAGGAGGCGCAAGAUGGAGGACAUCUGCCUUGCCCUCGCCCUCUUCAAGUUGCUCCGGCGAAAGAUGGAGCGCUUGGACAUGGCGGAGGCCAACACCCCGCAGGCGCGCGACCUCGUGUUGCGUGGCCUCCUCACCCUCGAGGGAGGCCAUGACGAGUCCGCCGACGCGGAGCGAGCGUUCCAGGUGGUUGAGCUAGAGCUCAGGUUCCUGGACGAGUACUACCAGGCCGUCAUCCCGUUGGCGCUGCCCAGGCCGGGGCUAUUCAUAGCCAACUUCGCUUUCUCCAUCGUCUUCAUCCUGAUAUACUGUGUCACCGUGCUUCUGGUCACCGGCCAUGGUGACAUCUUCAAAGUGCUGGGCUCCCUCUUCCGGGGGCUCGUCGGCCUAUCCUUCAACACGGCGCAGUACCAUCACUUGAAAGACAAUGUGGGCACCAUCGUCGAUAUGGUCUGCGACUCCUCCGACCUCAUCGUCACCUUCCUCCUCACGCUCACCCUACUCUCCGUCGAGGCGUAUGAGUUCUUGCAAUACCUGCUCUCUGACUGGUUCAUCGCGUCCCUGGUCUGCCACUACUCACGGAAGCAACGGGCCAUCCGGAAGCAGCUCGUCAAGGGUACCCUGUGGGUGAAGUACCGCUCGCGCCCCGUAAUUAAGGUCCACCAGGUAACCAUGCUCAAGCUCCACCAGCUUCACCCACACCGGGUGUGGGUACUCGUCUCCAGCAUGCUCAAGAAGCGCGUCGUCGGGCUCCCCGACGCCAUUGUCACCGCCGACGCCAAGCUGGUCAUCGUCAGGGCCUUGAAGGACGUCCUAGCGCCCAGCUCUGACAGGCGCUUCAGCAAUGGCAUAGCUGCAUUGAGAAGGCAUGGCUUCCAUCACUUGGAGUGGGCGUGCGACAACAAGAUGGGCGGCGCCGCAGUGAUCAUGGUGUGGCACGUCGCGACGGCACUGUUUGAGACAAGGGACCGGCAGAAGCACCCAGUACCACCAUACGGCCAGGCUGCCCUGAUGCUGUCGAGGUACUGCGCGUACCUGGUGGCCUACGAGCCGGGGCUCCUCCCGGACGACGAGGCAUGGACAGCCAAGGUGUACAAGGACAUGGUGACGGAGCUCAACAACAUCUUCCGGAGCUGCUCCACCACCGUGCACCGCCGCGAGGGCCUGAUGAACUACUCCCCGGCUGGGGAGGAGGAGGAGGAGAAGUCGGUCAUUGCCAAGGGUGUUAGGUUGGGGAAGCAGCUGGUGGACAGAGAGCAGCUGGAGGAUGGACCCAGCAGCAGCGCUGAUGGCAGCAUGCACAAGGACGAGAAGGUCUGGGGGAUGCUGCUCGAGCUCUGGGCGGAGCUGCUCGUGUUUGUGGCGCGCAGGCCGAUGGCGGGGCAAGAGGCGCACGCACGAGCUCUUGCCAAUGGCGGUGAGUUCAUCACCCACAUCUGGACCAUGCUCACCCAUGCUGGCAUCCGGGUCCCCAAGCGCCACCAGGAGGACCAUGCUCACCAAGUUUGA